GGGACGCGGGACGCGCGGCGCGGCUCCCCCCGCCGCUGCCCGCUCCCUGCCCUUCCCGCGGGCACAGCUGUGGGGCGGGCGGGGACGAGAAGGAAGCGGUGGGGAGCCUGGCUUCGGGGCGGCGGGAGCCGGUGGGGGCCCGGCGAGGAGGGCUAGAGGUGGCGGGGCCCGGCGAGGCCACGAUGAAGCCGAGCGGCGAGGACCAGGCGGCGCCCGCCGGGGGCCCCUGGGAGGACUGCUUCGAGGCGGCCGUGCAGCUGGCGCUGCGGGCGGGACAGAUCAUCAGAAAAGCCCUUUCUGAGGAGAAACGCGUCUCCACAAAAACAUCAGCUGCUGACCUCGUGACAGAAACAGAUCACCUCGUGGAAGGUUUAAUCAUUUCUGAGCUGCAGGAAAGGUUUCCAUCACACAGGUUCAUUGCGGAAGAGUCAGCCGCCGCCGGGGCCAAGUGCGUGCUCACCCCCAGCCCUACGUGGAUCGUCGACCCCAUUGACGGCACCUGCAACUUUGUGCACAGAUUUCCCACUGUGGCGGUAAGCAUUGGAUUUGCUGUAGACCAAGAGCUUGAAUUUGGAGUGAUUUACCACUGCACAGAGGAGCGGCUGUACACGGGCCGGAGGGGCCGGGGUGCCUUCUGCAAUGGCCAGCGACUCCAGGUCUCCGGGGAGACAGAUAUCUCCAAGGCCUUGGUUCUAACGGAAAUUGGCCCCAGACGUGACCCUGCCACUCUGAAAUUGUUCCUGAGCAACAUGGAGAGGUUACUCCACGCCAAAGCUCAUGGGGUCCGAGUGAUUGGGAGCUCCACCUUGGCGCUCUGCCACCUGGCCUCGGGGGCUGCGGACGCCUAUUACCAGUUUGGCCUGCACUGCUGGGACCUGGCCGCUGCCACAGUCAUCAUUAGAGAAGCAGGUGGCAUUGUGAUGGACACUUCAGGUGGACCCCUCGACCUCAUGUCUUGCAGAGUGGUGGCUGCGGGCACCCGAGAAAUGGCGAUGCUCAUAGCUCAGGCCUUACAGACAAUUAACUACGGGCGGGACGAUGAGAAGUGAAAGGGAGCAGAGGGGCGGAGAAAUGUGACCGCGGACUGGGCCUUCCCGGGAAUGCUGGGGCUGGCGGCGAGCCCCAGGGAUGACGCUGCUCUGCUCGAGCGGCCUGCACGCAUCCAGUGUCUCUGACAAGCCCCAAAGGGAGGUGUUAUGCUAAAGUAUGUGGCUUUCUGGUUAAAUCCACGUCGUUCACCAGGAUUCGUUGUUUUGCUGGUGUCUCUUUACUCCGGCAUAGCCUUUAUCAGGCUAGUGCAAGUUCUGUCAGGGCCAAAACCCCAGUCUCGGAUGAUGUACGUAUUAAAAAUUCAGUCUCAAUUUUUUUCCUCCAGAAUGUAACUCUCAGGUAAUAAGGCUUUAGAACUGCUGAUGAGGCAGACUUGUUCUCAGGCCCUCUCCCAUGGUACUUCAGAACGCAAUAAAUCAAAGUAAGGGCGC